AUGAAUACGCCGCAGACUCCCGGCAUGAACCGUGCCGCUGCCAUCAAUCGUGCGACCACCGGGGCGAACAAGCUCUGGGCUGGCACGGUGAAUAUUCAACCGAACGCAAAAACUGGCGCACACCACCAUGGAGCGUUGGAGAGCGUGAUUUACGUAGUGAAUGGACGCGCGCGUAUGCGGUGGGGAGAGCAGCUUGAAUUUGUCGCAGAGGCGGGUCCUGGCGAUUUCAUCUAUGUACCGCCCUUUGUACCGCACCAAGAAAUUAACGCCAGCACGGACGAACCCCUCUCCUGCGUCUUGGUGCGAAGCGGUCAAGAGCCGAUUGUUAUCAACUUGGACAUUGAACCGGUGGAGCCACCGGAGGAAGUCUAUUGGGUUGACCCGAUCCACCCUGAACCAUAA